ACAUCUUUCUUAAUUUUCCACAUUUAACUCAUAUUAUUACCUCUCUCUCCCUAACACACUAUCUCUCCCUUAUUUUCCCCCACUUUUCUUUUCUCCAAUGGCCGAUCAGCUCACCGAUGACCAGAUCUCCGAGUUCAAGGAGGCUUUCAGCCUAUUCGACAAGGACGGCGAUGGCUGCAUCACCACCAAGGAGCUUGGAACCGUCAUGCGAUCUCUUGGACAGAACCCAACUGAGGCUGAGCUUCAGGAUAUGAUCAACGAGGUCGAUGCUGAUGGGAACGGUACCAUUGAUUUCCCUGAGUUCCUUAACCUGAUGGCAAGGAAGAUGAAGGACACCGACUCUGAGGAGGAGCUCAAGGAAGCUUUCCGUGUGUUUGACAAGGACCAGAACGGCUUCAUCUCUGCGGCUGAGCUCCGCCAUGUCAUGACAAAUCUUGGUGAGAAGCUGACAGACGAGGAAGUUGAUGAGAUGAUCCGUGAGGCUGAUGUUGAUGGUGAUGGUCAGAUCAACUAUGAGGAGUUUGUCAAAGUCAUGAUGGCCAAGUGAGGACCCCAUUAACUAAAAAAAAAACUCAAAAUUUAUUAGUAUAAACUUAAAAAAAAGAAGGGAACAGGGCAGAUAGGUUUGAUGAGGUUUCUAUUUGCCGUUGAGACAUCAUUUGGGGUACUAGCUUUGGCUGGUUGAUUAUUAUCUCUUGUUUGCAUUAUUUUAUGGUACUGUUUUCUUUAGUUUUUGCCUGUUUGGUGUCUAUUCACUAGUUUGUUUGGUAGUUAUUUUUAAAUUUUGUAUUCCUUUCUUCCUCUACCUUUGGUAUUAUUGUGAAACCUAGAACAAUUGGGGUGAAUCUGAUGAUUUUGCUUAUGGGUUGA